CAGGGUUCCGGCCCAUUCAGGACAGCAGCCUCAGUGAGCUUGGAGCUCAGCACAGAACGGGGGCUCUCUGGGAGCCUCCUGAGGGAUGAGGAUGUUCUGGGGGGACUGCACUCUGGAGGGCUCCAGGGCAUCUUGAAUGAAUAGAUGAACUGCUUUCUGGGCAAACAGCCACAGCCAGAGGACGGUGUGAUUGGGAGACAGAAGUUGGGCAAACACGGUUUCCUGCACAGCCUCGAGGGACUGAAGUCCUGGGAAACGCUUGGAAAGACCUGGGCGGAGACCAGCCACAAGAGAAUGGAGGGUGAGGAUUACAACACCUCCCUCAUCUACGAUGAUGAAUACCCCAAUGAUUCCUACCCCAUCGUGGUUUUGGAAGAGGUUUCUUCCAUGGAGGACAGGGUGGCGAAGAUCUUCCUGGUGGUGGUCUACAGCAUCAUCUGUUUCCUCGGGAUCCUGGGCAAUGGCUUAGUGAUCGUCAUCGCCACCUUCAAGAUGAAGAAGUCAGUGAACACUGUCUGGUUCCUCAACCUGGCCGUGGCCGACUUCCUGUUCAAUGUCUUCCUGCCAAUCCACAUUGCCUAUGCUGCCAUGGACUACCACUGGGUUUUUGGGACAGCCAUGUGCAAGAUCAGCAACUUUCUGCUCAUUCACAACAUGUACACCAGUGUCUUCCUGCUGACCAUCAUCAGCUUUGACCGCUGCAUCUCUGUGCUCCUCCCUGUCUGGUCCCAGAACCAUCGCCGCAUCCGGCUGGCCUACAUGGCUUGUGUGAUUAUCUGGGUCCUGGCUUUCUUCCUGAGUUCUCCAUCCCUCAUCUUCCGGGACACAGCCAAGCUGCAUGGGAAAAUAUCCUGCUUCAACAACUUCAGCCUGUCAGCAGCCAGCUCUUCCCCAGGGCCCACCGAGUCCCAACAGCACAUGGCGGUGACCGUCACCCGCUUCCUCUGUGGCUUUUUGGUCCCGGUUCUCGUCAUCACAGCCUGCUACUUCACCAUCGUCUGCAAGCUACAGCGCAACCGGCUGGCCAAGACCAAGAAACCCUUCAAGAUCAUCGUGGCCAUCAUCAUCACCUUCUUCCUCUGCUGGUGCCCCUACCACACGCUCAACCUCCUGGAGAUCUACCACACCAUUGUGCCCGGCUCCGUCUUCAGCCUGGGUUUGCCCCUAGCCACAGCCAUUGCUAUUGCCAACAGCUGCAUGAACCCCAUUCUGUAUGUCUUCAUGGGUCAAGACUUCAAGAAGUUCAAGGUAGCCCUCUUCUCCCGCCUGGUCAAUGCUCUGAGUGAGGAGACAGGCCACUCCUACUACCCCAGCCACAGGAGCUUUACCAAGAUGUCAUCGAUGAACGAGAGGUCUUCGCUGAAUGAGAGGGAGACUAGCAUGCUUUGAAGCUCAUCUGGGAACCCCCCAGUAGACAGGCCCUCCAGCCUUGGAGGCCAAAAGCUAUGCUUUCUCAAGACCGCAGCAGAAACCUCUUCAGCGCCCACCAGUGCCCACUGUAUUUUGCAUGGGGCCGAGCAGUGGUUUGAGCUGGGAGUCCAGGGAAUGGAACCCUUUUCUUCAAGUGAGCUGGUGGACAGGCCCUGCUGUGCUGCUUACAGCCUGGGACCAGCAUCCCGGGCUUCUUGGGAGACCAGCCUUGACUGACACAAAGCAAAAAAAGGAAGACUCUCAAAACCACUGCCAUGAACUAGAAUCAGCAUCAGAUGGCAGGAUUAUGCUACCUACUGUGCGCAUUCCAGGAAUGCCACAGGCACUCUACAAGGUGCAUUCCUGGUGUGAGCAGAGUUGGUAAGAGCAGACCCAACAUGACACAGACCAUGCCUCACCUGCUAUACCUACAUCAGUAGCAAGCCAGACAUCCUGCUGCCGAAGCCUUUCCCCUGGUUCGGGGCAAGGGGAAAUGCACAGGUUACUGGGAGAGGAAGGUGACGUGAGCCGGUCAGCAGCCGGGACAGUGGAUUUGGCUUUCAGAGCAGCUGGGAAGGCCCAAGAGAGGUCCCGAGGAGCCAUGUAGGCAAGACCAGCAGGGCUGCCCUGAGGACUUCAGGCCUGGGGAGGAACGGGGAAGCAAGACCUUUCACGGGUGCGGCUCAAAGCAGCUCAGCCUACACCUUCCUGGGUGAUGGCUACUCUGGGGGUGGACCAGGCUGCCCUUGCCUCAGGCACUGCUCUCCUCUGCAUUUGCUGCUUGGGGCCAGCCAGGUCGCGGCCAGCAGCGACUCCUGCAGCCCCCACCCCGUCACAGGGGUUCCUCCCUCCUUCCCUAAUCCUCUGGCUGGAGGUGCUCAGAAUACUAUACCCGGGGGGCAUCUCCUCCUCCUCACCCUCCUCAAAGCCUUGCUGAAGACUAGUCCAAAAUUAGCCUCUGGAGCCCCAGGAGCAUCUUGCCGGGUGAAGAGUGUGGCUACGGGCUCAGUCACUGAACUCAAGCAGAAUCUGGCGUCUGCCUCCUUGAACUGUGCUCCUGAGAUGCUGACUGUGGUGUACCACUGGCUCAGAGCUCCUUCUGUGGGAAGCCGUGUUCUUUUCGCAUCUAGGAACGUCACCUACCUGUGCUAGAGGGCCAUUGUCCCAUUUACAAAUGACAAGGCUGAGGCUCAGAGGAGGGAAGUAACUCCCCGUGUCACACAGCUAUCCAGAGGCAUAUAAGAUCUGCACCCAGCUCUGUCUGGUCCCAGAAAGUCUGUUCUUUUGUGGAGAAUGUAUCUAUUGAGGAUAUUCUGGGCUAUACCGAUAGCUUACAUAUAUUUAGCACUUCCUAUGGUAAGCACUUUAUAUGUGUUAUCUCAUAUAUUCCUCACAGCAGCCCUGAGUUACAUACAGUUAUUACUUCCCUUUUAUAGAUGAGGAGUCAGGCUCAGAGAGGCUAAGUAACUUGCCCAAGGGCAUCCAGCUGGUCUCUGCCAGAGUCUAGAUUUGAAACUAGGUCUAUCUGGCUCAAAAAAGGCUGCAGAGUCUUGGAGUUUUGACCAUAAAUAUCGAUUCUUCAGUAGGCUAAUGUAAACAUCUUAAUGACUAUUAAGUCGUCUUUCCAAAUAGUUCUGAAAAAUGAUCCAACAUGGCAGAGAAAGUGCAGUGGGCCUCCAGCUCCCGCCAGCCCCAUCCCCCUGCACCCACCAUAGCUCCCACCUCUUGCACCACUGACAUCUCCAGGCAAGGCAGUGGGGAGAGGAGCCCGGCAAGAGGCAGCCUCCCGUGAGUCCCUGGCCCUUUGGCCUCCAAGUGUCCACAUUCCAUCUCCUUCCAAGUCCUUUCUUUGUGAAGCCAACACUCCAACAAAAUGCAGUGAACAGAUGUAACGUCUACACAGCACUGGGCAAGCUCCCCAGUCCACAGGCUGUUUGGAAUCCACACCUCAUUAAGAGACAAACUGUUCCCUCCCUGGCUGGGCCAUUAUGCUUUGGACAAGGCAGCUCUGAACUGACCCCAAGUUGGGGCCUCUGAUUGCUUCCAGAAAUGUGGACUGGGACACACUGAGAAUGAAAAGGGGAGCUUUAAAUAUUGCCCACUGCCCCCUGUCAUCCCCUCCCCCAACUUCAUGGAGGAAGCAACUAAGGCUCAGGAUGUGUCCCAGGUCCCAGAGUCACCAGCCACUUGGGCCU